CGGUAGAGUGAGCAGUAAUACCAUCGCCACACCCUUGUUCGUCACACACUGAUUGGCAACGCUGCUGGUAGCAUCACUGAACUGAAGCCUCAGUGUAGUCUACUGAAGCCUCAAUGUAGUCUACUGAAGCCUCAGUGUAGUCUACUGAAGCCUCAGUGUAGUCUACUGAAGCCUCAGUGUAGUCUACUGAAGCCUCAGUGUAGUCUACUGAAGCCUCAGUGUAGUCUACUGAAGCCUCAGUGUAGUCUACUGAAGCCUGUAAUGCAAUAGAAUGAAGCAUAAUUACAGUUUCCUGAAACCUUCAAUGUAUCGGAGGUUGAAACCCUCGGUGUGUCUAAGCUGAACUAUGUUUGUACCGUCUACUGAAGCUGGUAGUACCGUAAUAUCUCAUUGGUCCCUGGGGAGAUUCAGUGACUCAAGGUCCCUGGGGAGAUUCAGUGACUCAAGGUCCCUGGGGAGAUUCAGUGACUCAAGGUCCCUGGGAAGAUUCAGUGACCCAAGGUCCCUGGGGAGAUUCAGUGACUCAAGGUCCCCGGGAAGAUUCAGUGACUCAAGGUCCCUGGGGAGAUUCAGUGACUCAAGGUCCCUGGGAAGAUUCAGUGAUUCAAGGUCCCUGGGGAGAUUCAGUGGCUCAAAGUCCCUGAGAAGAUUCAGUGACUCAAGGUCCCUGGGAAGAUUCAGUGAUUCAAGGUCCCUGGGGAGAUUCAGUGGCUCAAAGUCCCUGGGAAGAUUCAGUGACUCAAGGUCCCUGGGAAGAUUCAAUGACUCAAGGUCCCUGGGGAGAUUCAGUGACUCAAGGUCCCUGGGAAGAUUCAGUGACUCAACGUCACCUGGAACAUCAGUGGCUCUCGUGACCCCUGGAAACAGCGACUCUCACACUUGUAACAGCGACCACUGGAAGCAACCUUCCAGUGUAGGAACACUGGAGAAAUAGUCGCCACUCGAGUGUCAGUUCAAAAACAAUUUGAACAUUUCCCCUUCCAAAGAGACGGAGGUAAAGCACAUACAAAUAGGAAAAAAACAGCAGUGAUAACAGUGAAAUCAAACAAGACUGUGUACCACUGAAAAAUACAAGUGUAUCCUCAGUGACCUUCCAGUCGGAGCUCGGACAAAAUCCACUGGAAGAGAUCUAAGUGUUUGGAUAAAUCAUCUCAUCAUCCAUCAUGGUCAAACUUCUUGAAGUAUUCCUUGUCUUCUGUCUGGUGACAGCUUCUGCGAGGGAGAAUAAGGAAGGAUGUGAUGACAGCGAUGUGGUGGUGAAGGCUACACAAGGGAAGCUUGUGAUGCUCAGGCGCAGUGCCUUGAGCCAUGCUUCGCCGAAGUUGCUUGGCGUCACUUAUCCCUCCCUUCGCCACACUCCUGCCCAGGGUAGCAGUAGACCCCGAGGUUGUGGAGACGAUAAUACAGCGUGGACAGCCGGCAGGAGGCUGGGGAAGGUAAAUAUAGCUGGGAAAACGAAGGAAAGUCGUGGUACUGGAAUAUACCUGGAGAGGGUUUCGGAGGUCAACGCCCCCGUGGCCCGGUCUGUGACCAGGUCACAGCAGCAAGUCUUAGCAGGUGUUAGCGAUUCGGGUCAGAGGGAUGUUCGAUGUAAUGGACCAGGAAGCAGAUGUUCCUUACGUAAGAAAAGGGAAACGGAGGAGGAAGGAACUGUUGGUGAGGAAGGGGCAGCAAAAGGAGACAGUAAUGAAAAGAACGAAGAGGAGCUGCCUGAACCAGAAGCACUAGCCUGGAUAAACCCAGGUCGGCUGGCUAGUCAAGGAGUGGCCAUGGAAAACGUCCCAUCCCUGGCGAACCUGAUGGGACUGCGUGUGGUGAAGUUCAAGACCCCACAACAGCAGCAGCAGCACUUUCAGGCGCCAUACAGACCACAGUCUCACCCAAAGCCACAGCUUCCCGAAGCAAACCAUCUACCAACAGCACAAAAUCCUUUCUCCAGGUUUGACAAGAACGACCAAGCUUUCAUGACCACAUUUCACGACAACUUCGACAGGUACUACAAGAGUUUCAACUCGCAGGAGGCUCCUGGUGUACACAGCGUCAAUAGCCACGGCCGCAGGCCUGUAGAAACCAGCAGCUACAAUAUCCCGCCUCCUCGAAGCGCAUUUCCCGCCACUGCAUUCAAAUUCCCUAAAGGGGGCGCGCAGCCCCAACCUCACCCACCAAACAACUUUGUCCGUCCGUCCUACUCCAGUCUGGGCACUGCUGCCGACUCCUUGAUGCAAUUCCUCAACCCGUUUAAUAUGCUGGGAUCCAACCAGUUCCCCCAAUUACCUCGCUACCCAUACCCUGCCCCGCACCCAAACCAUGACCCCCGUAGACCACACCAUGAAAUGAAGGAAAUACAUCAUGGGGAUGUUAAAUAUGAGGUAGUGAAGGAUACCAACCAAGAUCUAUACAAAGGAUACCAGUUUAAAGAGGACUCCCCUCUGAGAGACGACCUCUAUAUAGGUCAAGAUGGCAACAUCUACCUGAAAGACGAUUCUACCUCAUACAAAAAUCCCAGUGGAAAGAAUCAGUUUGGAAAUGAUGGCAGUCCAUCCCAAAGUGAUAGUGGUGAGAGACUGCCACCCUCACCACCAGAAGGACGCUUUGAAGACGAGGCCUCGAAUUCCUUCGAGGAGGACUACGAGGAAGACUUCGAAAACGACUACGAAGAAGAGUCUAGUUAUUCGCAACUGCUGGAAAAUCAUAACAUGGACGAACAGUAUUCAGAAAACCCUCCAAACUCUAUCCAGAAUUUUAGUCCUGACUAUUUUGAAAAUAGUCUCGAAAUACCACUCAUAGAGCAACCUAAUUUGGAUCGACCUAAUCCAUUCCAGCAGUCUCGCUAUCCGAAUCUAGAAAAUAAUCCGUACUUAAUUCGUACGCCUCCCAACUCUUUCCUGAAUUCUGGCCUCUUCAGUUGGUUGUUCUCCCCACACGCACGUACCAGCUACCCCACCUACUAUUAUAACCCCAGGGAAAUCUUGCUACCCAGGUUCAGGUACCAGACGGGACCCUGGUCACGUCUCUCAAACUCUUUCCCAGUAUCUGACACCCCAGAUGUGAACUAUGCACGACCUUCAUUACCUUCCUAUGGAGCUCUACCGCCCCCACCACCUUCCCCUGGAGCUCCACGAUCCCCACUACCUUCCCCUGGAGCUCCACCAUCCCCUGGAGCUCCACGACCCCCACCAUCAUCCCCUGGAGCUCCACGACCCCCACCACCAUCCCCUGGAGCUCCGCGACCCUUACCACCUUCCCCUGGAGCUCAACGACCCCUAUCACCUUUCCCUGGAGUUCCACGACCCCUACCACCUCCACCGUCACCUCCAAAAACCGCCGGCCCUCCACGACCCUUACUAAACCCUACAAAUGUACGAUCCCAACACCAACAGCAACCCUCACGACCCCAGUUUCCAAAUCCCCUGCCACCUCGUUCUCCAAAACCACGCCCACCCAUACCCCGACCCUCGCAAGCUGAGCUGUAUCCUCACCCAUCUAUCCGAACUCCACCAGACGUUCCAACGAAGCAUCAUCAUCCAGGCGGAGUCCACAGCGGGGCAAACUUCGAGCAAGGCCGCGAGUCGGCAACAGGCUUCUACCCCGGCAAUGGUUUUUUCCAAACGGAUUUCCCCACGCUGUUCCACAUGGCCUCUUCCCAGAGGAAGAGUAUCGUAGAAGAGCUGCCUAGGCCGAUGGGGCAGAAUGCAACAGCUAUACCACCAGGUGAUGAGGAAUAAACACUAGGAUGUCUUGCAUUGUGUGUUGAUGAGCGUCGCUAAAAUUAUCAGGGUGCAACCACUUCAUGGGUCAAAUUAGCGCUGGAUGACCUUUUAUUUUUUCAACAUUUCCUCGGAAUGCACUGUAAUAGUUAUUUUACAGUGGCAGGAGAAAAUUUGCCAAGGUGGGGACCCACGAGAGGGAAUUUGUCCCACAGCAAGAUUUUCCCUCCAUCCUACGUAGGUUGACAUUUCACCGAUAGGACAUCCAGUUCUGGUCCAAGAACUGGAGUUAAGGAGAACGAAGCAAACAGAAGACAGGUCCAAGAACUGGAGCUAGAGAACCAGCACAGACGGAAGACGGAUCCCAACGGUUCCAAGACAGCACAAACAGAGGACAACCUCAUCGGCCAUUGGAAAAUGUGAAGACAGAUCUUAACGACCAUAUCCAAGACCGAAGCUAAAAACAAGAGCACAAAUGGAAGCCUCAUCCAUCAAGGCUGUUCCAGAAACAGAUGAUGAACAAGCAGCACCAACUUCACUGAAGUCAAUGUUUAAAAGGCGCAUGUGUUUCCCUGUCUCCUAAUAUCGUGUUUAUUUCCCCCCUAUAAACUACCUUGCCCAUAAUUACUAUCAUAUUUCCUUUGUUUCGUAAGGUGAAGUCCAGGACCUUAAUUCAUGGUAUAACUUAACAAAUCUGAGAACAAUUGUGUUGUAGAGGUCUGAGCUUUGCUCACACCUCUUGUUUCUCAUCCUCAUAUCUGACAUAGACAAGGUAGAUUAUAUGGGCCAGACCCUAAUCCACCAUGAGGCCUGGUCUCAGACCGAGCCACGGGGGCGUUAACCCCCUGAAACUCUCUCCAGGUAAACUCCAGAUAUUAGAAGACAGGUAAACUGAUGCACCCCUUAAAUUUACAUAUUUCCUGGAACAAUGAAUGUUAGAAAAUAAAAUUAUGAACGGGUCAUGUAAACAAGUUUUGAGUAAAAAAUAUGACUAAUGAUAAAAGUUACAUUUAAACUCAAUAUUAAUACGUGUACGCGAAUAAGAAAAAUGCAUAUAAUUUUAAUUUCAAACAAGAAUUUUGAAAUUGGGUCCACAAGCAAAUUUAGACAGGGCUGAAAAUAGAAAAAUAUGGGCACAUGUAUUACGCAGAAAAAGUGUACAUAUGCCUU